AUGUCCGCCAUUCGUAUGAUUCCUUCCCAGCUGCUGCGCACGGCCGGCCUGCGUACGAAGCUGCCUGUGAUGUCGCGCGCUAUCUCGUUCAGCUCCGCCGCGCUCAAGUUCAAGCACUGGGAAGCGCCGGACCGCCCCAAGAUCAACCCUGAAGAUAUGCCUACGAACCCCGGCCCCAACCCGAACCCCAGCAACAUUGGUGUGAAUGCCGUGCUGAAUCUGCGCCCUGAGUCCAUGGACAAGCACACUACGUCCAUUUUUGCCGAGUUUUCGCUCGAGGGCAAGACGGCUGUGGUGACGGGCGGUAACCGCGGUCUUGGUCUGGAGAUGGCGCUGGCCUUUGUCGAGGCAGGUGCGCACGUCUACGUGAUUGACCGUGCUACGGAGCCAUGUGAAGACUUUAAGAAGGUCGCCAAGCACUGCCACCUGCUUGACCGCCAGAUUGAGUUCAUCACGGCGGACGUGACGAACGUUGAAGAGAUGAACGAGGCGAUGCAGUACAUUGAGAAGGACUCGAGCACCGGCACGGUCGAUGUGUGUGUGGCCAACGCUGGUAUCAUGCAGUCGUACCCUGCGAUGGACUACCCCGUGGAUGAGUUCCGCAAGGUGAUGGAGGUCAACACGAUCGGCGUCUUUAUCACGGCUCAGGCCGCCGCGCGUGUGAUGCGCGACAACCCGAAGGUAAGAGGCUCGAUCAUCCUCACGGCGUCCAUGUCCGGCACGGUCGUGAAUCGUGACCAGUCGUGGGUGGCGUACAACACGAGCAAGUCGGCCGUGCUGCAGCUGGGCCGCAACCUCGCUGCUGAGUGGGGUCCGUACAACAUCCGUGUCAACACACUCUCGCCGGGCUACUUCCGCACGAGUCUUGUGGCCAGCCAGCUGGAUGCCGACCCUGGCAUGAUGAAGCGCUGGAGCGACGCGAACCCGAUGAACCGCAUUGGCCUGCCGCACGAACUCCGUGGUGUGGUCGUCUGGCUCGCCAGCAACGCGUCGUCCUUCUGCAACGGCUCGGACAUUAUUGUCAGUGGUGGCCACACCAUUUGGUAA